GUAGACAGCGGUUGUGACAGCUCCAAGUGUGCCUCGGGUGAGCCGAAUCCGACCGACGAUGAAACUGUUCCGCAGCGGCAGCAGUGCCUUGCUGUUCGCUCUGAUCGUGGGCCUAGUGUGGAGCGAGCAGCUCGAACAGGACGAUGAGACGAAUGAUCUGGAAACGGCCGAGUCGGCGUUCCUGGACCCGAAAACUGUGCUGCUGGCCGGAGUCGCUGGUCUCGCCGGUAUCGGUGCCCUGGUGGUGAAGGGUGUCGGUAUCGGGAAGCUGCUCCUGCUGGCCAAGGCCGGCGGAAGCUUCGCGUCCGGUGGCUCCCACAGCUCCGAGGAGUGGGACAGCUCCUCGCACCCGUCGUACCCGGCGUACAAGUCGUACCCGAGCAGCUACUCGUCGCCCGACAAAGGGAAAUCCGCGUCGUACUCGGGCACGCUGAAAGUGUCCGGAUCGCUAGCGCCGGUGAGUUCCCCAACCUCCUCCACACCAACCACCUCCCAGUCAUCCGCGUCCUCCCUUUCGCUAUCAUCUGCACCUUCAUCACCACCAUCACAGAGCUCUGCCAGCACUUCCGGGGCCACCACUGCCAAAACGGGGCUCUCGCUCGACGAUGGCGAUGAUCCACUGCCUGAAAAAUGA